AUGAAAUAUGCUAGAUGCCACAAAUAAACCAAGAUUCCAAAGAUUUAUAUCAAACUUCUAAAGCUACCUAGGAAUGUACUUAUAGCAUAAACACUCAAUGCUAGAUAGAUGUAAGUAGGUCCCCAAUAAAUCACAUAAGGAAUUCUUGGAUCAAAUAUAAUUUUAUCUGUGACUACAUUCUAAGCAGGAUAUGUAUCAAAAGCAACUGUAAAUACAACAUAAAUCCAAUAGCAAAUUAAAGAAAUGUAUUCAACUUUAUAUUAAGUUAGAUAGAUAGGUGAGCCAUAACUACUUAAAAACAUGGCGUAGUGAUAUUUACCAAUUUUAGGAUUUGGUGGUUGAUUGUGAUUGUGAACAGAGACUUUAUGCGAAGCAUUUUGUGUUGUUUUCAUUUGUUAGAGUAUUUUAAUUAUUUAAAUUAAAAUAACAAAGAUUUUAAUCAAUGAAGGCCGAACAAUAAUAAAAGGGGGCAACCAAAACAGUUAAGAAAGUGAAGGUUAAUAACAAAGCACCAGUUAGGUACAUUGAAUAUUUGAAAAAGAUUAUGGGUUAAGGCUGCUUUCACUGGUUUCAGAAGAUCUAAAGUUUAAUAAAACGAGAAUUAAGCAUUGUUAAAGAUUUAACAUGUUGAUGAUGUCUCAUCUAGCAGAUUUUAUUGGGGCAAAAGAGUAGCAUAUAUCUACAAGGCUCACUCUCUUAAGAACAACACUAAAUUUAGAGUAAUUCAUUAUCCUAAUAUAUUUAGACUAUAUGGGGUAGAAUCAGCAAAUCACAUGGAUCAAAUGGAGUUGUGAUUGCUCGUUUCAAUAGAAAUCUUCCACCAAGAGCCAUUGGAUCUACUUUGAGAGUAUUCCUUUAUCCAAAUAGGGCUUGAUC